GCGCGUGCGCCCUUAAUUUACCAGCUGACCCGAUUCACUGUUAAGUUCAGCGGUUGGUGCAGCUCAGGAUACGAAAACACAUCAAACGUUUUUAGAUGUAUCUAUUUUGGGAAAAUGAGUGGAAGAUGAGAACAACAACGUGUCUCCAAGAGGCCAGCAAUUUUUCUCUGACAAAUGCAGUUUACAUAAGCAAGUACUUUCUUCAAAAAUGUUCUUCAGACAUGCAAUCUUAGGAGCCUUUUUGCUGUGAUUCCAAGAAAGUCCCUUAUACAGGAGCUUCUCAAGAAUAACCUUAAAAUGGAGGAUUAUACAACCAGAACUUAUGGGACCAACGUGAUGGAUAACAGACCAUUAUUUGGAGAAACAUCUGCUAGGGAUCGGAUCAUCAACUUAAUAGUUGGUGGGUUAACAUUAUUGCUAGUACUUGUAACAAUUAUUAGUGCUUUUGUCUUUCCAAAUUUACCUCCAAAACCUGUGAAUAUUUUCUUCGCUCUUUGUAUCAUCAUGACUUGUAUUUCCGCAGUUAUACUUAUAUUUUGGUAUCGCCAAGGAGACCUGGAGCCUAAAUUCCGGAAUUUAAUUUAUUACAUCCUUUUUACAAUUGUAAUGCUGUGUGUUUGUGCCAAUUUGUAUUUUCACGAUGUUGGAAAAUGACUGUAAUCACACUGCCUUACAAAUAACAUACUGGGAAGAAAACAAACAUGUGAAGGAACACUUAAAACUGCACACGUUAUGCAAGCACAAAGAUUGUUAUACUGAUGCAAAAGAAAUGUUGCCUAUGCUGUAUAUGCAUUGAGUUUAUUACAAACCUUGACUGUUUCUUACUCAUCCUAUACGAAGCUGGCCUUUUUAAUGAAAAGGGCUGUUCAUAAUUUAAAUGACAGUUAAUGGGUUCAAGUUCAGAAGUAACUGUGCAUGUACUGUAAACUCCUGCCUGUUUUUAUAUCCAAAAGUGGAAUAUUUGCCAUGUCACAUUCACUAGAAAGACUAAGCGGUAGGUAGGACAAUGUAAGCAUGAAAAUUUAGCUACAGUAAAAGAAUUCCUCUUUCUGAUAA